ACAAAAUUUUGUCAACACAUUUAGUGACCUAUCCAUAGAUAAUGAUUCUAGUUAAAUAUUAAUUUAAGAAGUUGUUGUGGGUUAUUAAACAGAACAAUAAGUAUAUAAAACAUAAUUAAAACAAAGAAUGUAUAUUGCAUCUUUUGUCAAUUUUUUACUAAAGGAUAUGAUCCAAAAUGAGUUGGUUUGAUGCUGCUGGUUUAGCAAAUAUAGCAAAAUCCGCUCUUAAAGAGGCGCAGCGGACUAUAGACAAAGCUUUAGAUAUUAAAGAUGAUGCCACAAUUGCUCCUGCAAAUACUCCAAUUGAUCCAAAUAUAGAAGACUUCUUUGGCAAUUGGGGUAUAACUCAACCUAGUACAAGCAAAGAUGAAAAACAGCAGAUUUCUACUCCCAGUUCCAAGGAAAAAGUUUCAAACAGCAUUUGGGGUUCGUUCACAGGAUCAUUUUUUGAAAAUGCAAAUGAAGGAAACAAAUCACCUUCUAUUACCAGUCUUGAUGACACUGUUGAUGCUGUAGAACCUUUUAGUCAAAGCAAGCUAGUUGUACAAAAUGUUGAAGAACUAGAUAAUGCAAUGUCUGAACUUGGUACAAGUGAGGAAGAGAAAAGAGAAAGCAUAUCUGACCAAGAAAGUUGCAGUGAUUUGAUAGAAGUUAAUUUAGGUGAAAACGAUGGUGGUCAAAAUUCUGUUAAAAGGAGGGAGAAGAACGCAAAUGCCUCACUACUUAACAGAUUAUCUGCUUUAAGUGCAGAAAGUGGUAAAAACAGCUCAGAGAGUGCGGACAUUAUUACAUGCAGCACAGAAUGUACAACAAGUCCAGAAUCCGAAAUGUUAUCAACUGGUCAAUCAAUAUCCACUUCAAGUUCUGCUUUAGGCCUCCAUCCAAAAUCAGAUUCUGUGGAAGUUUUAGGAGAAAGUCUUACAAGUCCAAGUUCCUUAGAAGUACUUGGCACAAAUAGUACAAACAGCAGAAGACAAUCGGAUUAUACAGAUGAAAUUGUUUCUCCAUUACCAUCACCUUGGUCAGAAGAUGAAAAAUCGAGUUCUGCUGAAAAGUUAUCACCUGAAAGUGUCGAAGUUAUUCCUGAAGAUCAAGAUGAAAACAGUGUUGCUGAGGAUACAAUGUCGUAUACGUCGGUAUCUGAGAGUACAUCUGCAACGGUGUUAGAUUCAGCAUUUAAUCCACAUCUAAAACCCCAAAAAAUGCUUAAAGAUACUUUUGGAUUACAAGAGACUUUAAAUGAGAUCAGUAAUGAUGUGCUAGACAAAAAUUAUCCACAUGUCGAUGCUAUUACCAGAGCUCCAGGAAGGAGUACUAUGCAAUUACCUUUAACCCCAGUUCUGAUAGACACUCAGCCUCAGAGCAUCAAACAAGAUUUGCCCGAUAUGUUACAGAAAACAAACAUUAUUGAUAUACCAGCGGAAACUCAAAGUCUUACUCAUUCUGAUAGUCAAAUGAAUAUCUCCACAGAUGAAAGUUCACAAUCGGAUAAAACACUAACGGGCAGUGAUAAUGUGAUGGAAAGUAGUAGUGAUACCAGUACUGCUACCGAGACCAGUAGUACUUCAACAUAUUUGAAAAAUUUAUUGGCGGAUGCAAUGACUGAAAAAAGCAUUUCGGACCAACAAAAUUCACCAAAGAUACCAGUAGUAGAUUCUAGUCAAAAAUCUUUAAUGGAGAGCAUUUCUCUUUCUCAGGUGGAUCCUGUUCCCAGAGAAAGUUCUCCCAUUAGCUCAGAAAGCCGUUCGGAUCUUGUCAAAAUAGGUUCAGAUCAUACUUCAGGCCAUACAUCUGGAGACGAAUUGGAAACAACAACAUCUUCAGAUAUAGAAAUAAUAUCUAGUCCAAAUGGUGAUUCUAGUAGUACACAGAGCAGACAAAGUCCGGCUAAACAAACGUGUACUAGAACUAAAAUGGAGGGCAGUGACUCUUUGUUGGGCAGACUAACGUUGAAAAAAGUCAAAGGACACAACCGAGAGCCUUCAGAGGCCUCAAGUAUUAGUGAUGACCUACAUCCACCAGAAGUAGAUAGGCUGUUGAAGAAGAUUGCAGAAAUAACUGAGAUAUUAGAAUCUAGGGAAUCCAAAUUAAUAGACGUCAAUCGAAGAAACGCUGAACUUCAAGAAGUAAACAGUAGCUUAAAAGACCAGUUAAACACUAUUAUGAGUAAACAAUUAGAAAGCGUCGAUUUGUCACAAGUAACGGACGAAUACACGCAACGAAUAUCCAUAUUAGAAAAGAAAUUCCAGCAAGCAAUUAGAGAAAAGGACAAUUAUAAAAAACAAUUAGAUCAAAUCAAGGUAGAAUCAGCUAGUAGGCUCAGUAAAGGAGAAAUGGAAAGUUUAAUAUCCGAAAAGGAAGAAACAAUCAAGGAAUUAAUUCACGAAGGAGAAAAGUUAUCUAAACAACAGUUGCAGCAUUCCAAUAUCAUUAAAAAAUUAAGGGUGAAAGAGAAGGAGAAUGAGAAUACUAUAAAACAUCUAAAGGAAAGUGUGGAAAGUUUAACCACCGAAUCAGAUCGCCUUAAAAAAUCUUUAACAGCUAAAGACGAAGUUGAAAGAACUCAAAUAGAAGCUAUUAACCAGUUGACGUCGAAAAAUAAAAAAUUAGAAAAUGAAGUUAACAAAUACAAAGGGCAACUCGACGAUUUAACGCAAAAAUAUGAUACAACCAAGAAAUCUUUAGAUGCGGCUAAAAAGGAACUUCAAGAUAAAACCAGAACAAGUAGUGAGUUACAGUUGAGAGAACAGAUGCUUGAUACUUUAGAAAAUCAAAAAAAGGUUACAGAGUUACAAAAUUCUGAACUCGUGGAACAAUUAGAAGAUAUGAGACAGACUUUGAGGCAAUAUGAGGCAAAUAACAUUAAAAAUGAAGAGAAAUCUCGGGAAGACAUAAAUAAACUAAUGAGAAAAUUAGAAGAAGCGGAAACGAGAAAUGAAGAAUUAUCACAAUCAGUAUCAGAAGUCAGCAAACCUUUAAUCAGGCAAUUAGAGUCUUUACAGGCAACACAUUCAAUGAAAUUGGCGGCAUUUGAAAAGGUAGAAGAGGAAUUAACGCUUAAGAUAACUGAAUUGCAAACAAAAUUACAAACAUCAUCAAGUUCAGAAAGAGUCAUCAAGGAUGAGUGCGUUCAACUUAGAUCCAAAUUUUCCGAGAUGGAAAGUCAAAUAAGCAGUUCAAGACAUAAACUGGAGUUAUUGGAAAUGGAAUUACAGCAACAGAAAACUGAAAAACUUAUAAGUGAACAAGAACUUAAUAGUAAGAUCGACCAUUUAAAUAGUGUUAUAAAAGAGUAUCAAGAAACAAUAAACGAAAAGGAAAAGGACGUGUCGAACUUACAGCAACAAUUAAGCUUAGAGAAAACUGCCCAUGACUUGGAAAAAAGACAAAUUGGAACUACAAAUCAGGAACAUAUGAUAGAAAAUCGUGGUAGAUCCUCACAAACGGGUAGUAAUUCCCCAACUUUAAGUUUAGGUAAAGGAUCCAUUGCAGAUUCUAUGACCGGUUCAUUUUGGUCACAAGACGAACCAUUUGAAGUUACUUCUACUCCCAGAUACACAAACAUGUUUGAAAUGCAAAUGCUACAGUCCAGUUUAAAACAACGGGAUGGAGAACUACAGCAGCUACAAUGGGAACUAAAUAGAAGAGAACAAGAACGGUCUCUUCUCAAUAACGAAAUAUCUAUACUACUUACAAAAGUGGAAGAUUUGGAAAGUAGGUGUACGGAAUACGAAAGUUUAAAAUCUAAAUUUACCGAACUGGAACAACAGUACGACACAUUGUGCCAGCUAUACGGAGAAAAGGUGGAACAGAAUGAAGAGUUGAAACUGGAUUUGGAAGAUGUAAAAGACAUGUACAAGAGUCAAAUAGAUGAAUUGUUGAGACAACAAAGAGAAAAUGCUAAGUAAAUACUUCAAAAUUAGGUUAUAAAAUAAAUUGAUGACUGUUAAUGAUGGAGGAAACUAAAGACUUAUAGUGCUUUGCUGCAUAAGUUUUAGUACUACUGGUUUUUAUAGAACAGAAAGAUAUUUCACAGUAAAAGUAGCAUUCAUAUUUUUAUUUCAUCCUAUUAAAUUACAUCGAUAACCGGGUAGUAAGUAAUUUGGUGAUAGUUGUAAUUAAAUUCAUUUGCUUUGAAUUUUACAUCAUUAAGAUGUUUUUUAGCUUUUUGGUACACUCCUUUAUUACUUUGUUUGCAAAUAAGAAUGUAAAAUCAUUAGCAGUUUUCUAUUGGUAUAAGCUGAAAUUCACUUAGCUCUUAAUGAAGAUUGGGUAACAUAUACAAAGUUGGGAUAAAGUAUCAUCAUCAUUAUCCAGCCUUUAUUUAUCACGUCCACUCCUGGACAUAGGCCUCCCUUAAACUCCUCCAUUCUUUGGAGGAUUUUUAAAUCUCCUUAUUGCCUUCGAAACAGUUUUAUUCAUUUCUCUUAGAGUGUGGCUGUCUGCAUUCUUCUCUUUUCAUGUGUCUUCUUUGAUCUAGCAGCGUUUCAGUAUAUGGACUUAUUUUAUUAUCUAAUUUUCUUUUAGGACAGUACACUCGGUGACUUUCUUGUAAGGCGUUUAUGAUACAAUUAUUCAAGUCGUUAAGAUCGUUUUGGAGGUUUCAUGCAGUAGCUUAUUAUUAAUAUGUGCCUGAUAUUGGUUGAUAUCUAAUGGGGAUGUCCAGAUACCAUGAGAUUUAUUUUUAAUCAUUAUGUUUUUUUCUCUUUUUGUGUUGAUUUGGACUUUCGCUCGUAUCAUUCUGUGGUCACUGCGUAUGGUGAACUUGUUAAGUACUGCUACAUCUUUAAUUAUUUUUUUUUGUCACUUAUGAUAUAGUCGAUUUCGUUCCUUGUCAUACCGUUUGGAUUUUCCAGGUCAUAUGUAGGUCAUUUCCCUUGAUCAUGUUUACAAAAGCUACGGAAAACUUAUUUACAGAGACCAUGAGAAAGUCGCCGUUUACUUCCUGACAGUGUACAGGUCUAUUAAUAAAUUUGUGAGUCACUUUUUUUAAGAGUUCUGAGGCAUGUUGGUUACUUAAUGUAAGCACGUGGUUUUAUAUAACCGCAAAGAAAAAAUCUAAGUGGUUAAGGCCCGGAGAACGAGUAGGCCACUCUACUUCCAAUCCAUCGAUUUGAAAAAUUCGCAUUAAAAAAAUCUCUAACCCAUCGAUGGGAAGACGCUCCAUCUUGUUGAAAUCAUUUUGUAGUAACUUACCUUUCUGUUGGAGGGUAGGAAUAAUUUGGUUAUUCAGUAAAUCUUGUUACCAGUCAAGUUUCCGUCUACGAAAAAUGAGCCUAUAAGCAUAUUUUCGACAAUUCCCAUCCAAACAUUCAACUUUUUUGGAUGCUGGAUAUAUGUUUCAUGAAUUCAAUGAGGAUUCUCAUUUGACCAAUACUAGAUUUAUUGCGGUUAGCUGUUUCGUUUAAACAAAAAGCUGCCUCUUCAGAAAAUACUACAAUAACUGCAAAAUGUUUUUCGUCGUUACAAAUGUCCAUCAGUCGCUCGUAAAACUCUAAUUGUAGGAUGAUACUUUUUAAUUCUCAAUAUUUUUCUUACAGAACGUCGAUUUAUACCAUUGUUUAGUGCUAAAUUGGUUAUGGAAGUUUGAGGUGAUUCGUCUAAAUCAAUCGUACUAGACAAAACAUUGAAAGAAAUCUCAUAUCAUGUUCAACAGAUACUAUAACGUUGCAUCGUUUUAAUGCAACUGGG